AUGCACUUCACAAAACCAAUUGAAAUUCCUCUCAACAGGUCCACAUACCACGAAUUAGACUACAAUAGAUAUUGCCAACACUUUAGAACUAUUUCUAAACCUACCACACACCCAUGUGUUAGUAAACAGAAGAAACCUAUUCUGUUGGAACAUCCCAAGAUGCUUUCAAAUUUGCACAAGAACUUUUCUUCACAAUCCAUGAAAAAAUUGGAGAAAGAAAUAUUGUUUUCACAACCUAUUUUGAAACAAUCAUAUGCGCUGCAUGAAGAUGAGCUAUUAGAAGAAAUGGUUUGCAUGAUUAAGAAUCAUAAACUCGCAAAACAAAAGGUCAACUCUACACAAGAGCCAGUUCAUCAAUCAGAUAACGAAGAAACCAGAAGAUUAUUUGUUUCCAAUUCACUUACAAUCAAAUUUCUAGAAGAACAGGAUGUUGUCUUGAUUACAGUAUCUGAAGAAUUACAAAUUUCACAAGUGGUGGAUGCCAAUUUUCAUUUAAAGGUUGGGAGAAUUGUUAAAAAAUUAGAGUUUGAUGAGUGUUUAGUAGAAGUUGGAACUAAUGACAUUGUUACUGUGCCAUCAUUCUGUCUCUGUCUAGAAGAUAGGGUUUUGUUUGAUAGAAUGCAAACUAUGAGAAAUAAGAUGAUAUUCAGAAGAAGCAAUGAAGAAAUUAAUGAAUUGGAAAUAUCAAUGGAAGAAAAACAAGAUGUUUCCUCAAAACCAAAAAGAAAGUUCAAGAGUUGUUGA